GUGAUGGAGAACAGGACACAGGUGACAGAGUUCCUCCUGCUGGGACUGACCAAUGACCCACGCCUGCAGCUUCCCCUCCUCAUAACCUUCCUCCUCAUCUACACCAUCACUGUGCUUGGGAACCUGGGGAUGAUCCUGCUGAUCCUGCUGGACGCUCGUCUGCACACCCCCAUGUACUUCUUCCUUGGUAACCUGUCUCUGGUGGAUUUCUGUUCCUCCACGGUUGUCACUCCGACAGUCAUGGCUGGGCUCUUCACGGGAAACAAGGUCAUUUCCUACAACGCCUGUGCUGCUCAGAUGUUCUUCUUCACAACCCUCAUCUGUGUGGAAAAUUAUCUCUUGGCUGCAAUGGCCUACGACCGCUAUGCCGCAGUGUGCAGACCCCUGCACUACACCACCACCAUGAGGACCAGUGUGUGUGCGGGUCUCGUCCUAGGCUGCUAUGUCAGUGGCUUCCUGAAUGCCUGCAUCCACACUGGGGAAACCUUCUGUCUCUUCUUUUGUAACUACAAUAGGAUCCAUCACUUUUUCUGUGAUAUUCCAACGGUCAUGACUCUGUCCUGCUCUGACAAACAGGCCAAUGAGCUUAUGGUUGUUUAAGUUGUGAGCUUCCAUAUCAUUUUUGCCUUCAUUAUUAUCUGGAUAUCCUACAUCUUCAUUUUUAUCACCAUCUUAAGGAAACACUCAGGUACAGGUGCUCAAAAGACUCUAUCGACCUGUACUUCUCAUUUCACCACGGUCUGUGUCUUCUGGGGGACCGCCAUCUUCACGUACCUGCAGCCCAGCUCCAGUCACUCCAUGGACACAGACAAAAUUGUCUCUGUGUUCUACACCAUGGUCAUCCCCAUGCUGAACCGCGUGGUCUACAGUCUGAGGAACAAGGAGGUCAAGAGCGCAUUUUUAAAGGUCAGUCAUGCAUUCAUUUUUUUGAACCACAAUAAUUCUUAG